GUAUGGGGGGAAAAAACAUUAAAUAGUCGCGCGGCAACAGUGCAGAAUCCAAAUGCACGAUUUGUACGGUGCCUUUCUGUCUCAGACCGAUCCUGUCCUCUCAUCCUACCACGUCGAAAUGGUAGCAGGAGACUCGAUGCAUCGUUCCCUACCCCACAAUUAACUGCAGCUACUAAACCAACCAUCCCCACAAGAAGAGACGAACUGACUGAUCAAAUCCACAUAAUCUGGCCUUAUUAGUGCUUUUUUGUUCCUCAGGGGGUUGUUAUUCCAGAACAGUUAUAGGAUACUGCAGUCACUUGCAUGACCCUAGUACAUCUCAGUCUCCCGUCGCUGGUUGCCGAAUUCGUAUUAUCCAGCGCAUGGGUAUGUAGCGGUUUAUGCGAUUCUCUCCCAUCCAACACUUUUGCCACCCAGAGCCAGCCGAGGCAUUGCCCCUUAUCACAUCGCCUUUACCCAGUCUAUACAUAGUCGGUAGUGGCCAGUGAGGCUGUUGUACUCUCUAGACAUGGAUCCUUUACAUGGCUUGGACGCCAAGUCCAUGCCAAAGAUUGAACUACACGCCCAUUUAAGUGGCAGUAUCAGCCCGACUUGCCUUCACGAAAUAUGGCUAUCCAAAAAGCAACGUGAUGCAGACGGAGCCGCGGGUAUCUCUGACCCUCUUCAGGUGCUGGAUCCGAGCAAAGCCUUCGACUUGGUAACCUUCUUCCCUCUGUUCUCGAAGUAUAUCUACGAGCUAUGCAACGAUGCGGAAAGCAUAUCAUAUUCUACCAAAUCUGUCCUUCAAGACUUCCAGGACGAUGGCGUGGUCUACCUUGAGCUGCGAACAACGCCACGUCUCAUCAAGCAAGCGGGAAUUACCAAGGAAGCUUAUGUGCAACUCGUGCUUUCGACCAUCUCAAGCUUUGAAUCGCCAACGAUGGUUACCAAACUAAUACUAUCCAUCGACCGCCGGAACUCCGAAGAAGAAGCAUCUGAGGUCGUUGACCUAGCUCUCCGGUACAGAGACCAAGGAGUCGUUGGCGUUGAUCUCUGCGGUGAUCCCGCAAAGGGCAAUGUCGAGAUAUUCCGGUCUGCCUUCGCAAGGGCCAAAGAAAAUGGCCUCAAAACCACUAUCCACUUCGCAGAAGCUCCCCAAUCUUCCACUGAGCACGAGCUCCGUACUUUGCUUUCCUUCGGACCAGAUCGCAUCGGGCAUGUUAUUCACGUCCCGGAUGAUAUCAAGGAGGUUAUCAUUGAGCGGAAACUGGGCCUGGAGCUAUGCUUGAGCUGUAAUGUCAAGUUUGGAAUGAUAUCGGGGAGCUUCGCGGAUCACCAUUUCAUGUAUUGGAAAGGCACGGGGUGCCCAAUAACACUUUGCACCGAUGAUGUUGGGGUUGUUGGCAGUGCUUUGUCGAAUGAAUAUGCCCUGACUGCUGAGCACUUUGGCUUGGAGCCCAAGGAGGUCUAUGAGCUCGCUCGAAGUGGGAUUGAGACGAUAUUUGGUGGUGAUGAUGAAAUGGACAAACUGCGAAAACUGAUGUGGUAGUAAUACUCAGUUGCUUUUAAGCAUCCAGUUUAUUUCCAGCGAAUAUCAGUCCCUUAGUUGUUUUCCUUGCAAUACGUGCACGUCUGCCUUGCAUUCUGGCUCGGAAAUUGAGGGGUAGUGAGACCAGGCAGAAUGUACCAGUCACGCUUUCACGGAAUAACAACUUAUCAUAAGCAAUAUCUGAAGAAUCUUUGAG